AUGCAGUUGAUAUCCAUUCUUGCCGCCGCGGGCCUGGCGGCCUCCACUACCAACGCUCUACUCCUCCCUCCCGAGAUUGCCGGAUCUGACAAUGACAUCGUCACCACCCUCCCCGUCCCCAUCGAGGCCGACGUGGGUAUCCACAAGGUCGCCGAAGCCCGAUCUUUGAAGCUCGAGUGCCCGGGAUGUCCGCUGCGGAUCCCUCAUCACGGCAAAAUCAUGGUCACUACUGAUGUGCCUAGCCAUCUGGAGCUGGACUUCAGUAUCGAGCCCUCUGAGGGUGCCGACCGUCUGAUGCUGAACGGCUUCGAGCUCUACCCUAAGGCAGGCCUGUUCCGCAACAGUCUUACCGCCGUCGUCCGACCUGAAUUCGGCCACAAACAGAGCAAGCGACCACACAUCAAGGGCCGCCCCCGCCCGCUAACCGUCCAACCCCUCGGCUUUGGCGUGCAAACGAGUCACAUCGCCAAGAAUGCCGAGGAUUCCCUGGAGCUUAUCAUGAUCGAACUCGACAUUAUUGAAGUCGGUGACGUCUUUGUUAAUGGUAUUCCGAGCGUUCACAUCAAGCUCGUCAAGACUUCCACGGGACAGCUGAUGAUCGGUUCGCUGGAGGCUGUAUCGCCGAAGACCACGCAAUCUAACCCCAUGGACAAGCAGGAGGAAUGUGCAACUCUCCUGUGCAGGUGGGCAGCUGUCUUCAGGCAGAAGCUUGCCAGUCUCCGCCUCCACAAGGGCUGCGGCGGUCGUCCCUCCCACAGCCAAGGUCCCUCUCAUGGCAAGGAAAACAACCCCCACCAGAGCCACCACGCUCACGGCAAGGAAGACGGCUCCCAUCAGAGCCACCACGAUCACCACGAGGAACACGAGCGCCACCGAAAGAAUUGGGGACUGCUGUUCAAGAACAUUGCCUCCCACAUUGUCCUUCCCGUGGCCAUCGGUAUCCUGGCCGGCGUUGCCGCUAGCAUUGUCGGAAUGGUGGCUGGAACUUUCAUUGUCUACCUCUGGCGACUAGUUGCCCGCCCGACUGGCUCUCGACGUCACCACAGACACGGACACCACCAUAAGGCGUCGCGUCAUGAGGCUGCCACGACUGACGAGAAGUCCGGUCUGAUCGCUCCCGAGGAGGUGGUCGACGCCCCGCCCGCCUACGUCGAGUCAGGCCUCGUCGAUGACAAGAAGCCCGAGAACGGAGUCUAA